CCCCGUGCUCUAGGGUUCAUUCCUCCGCGCCGCCACCUCCUCCCCCUUCCCCACCACCACCUUCCUCGGCCACCGGCGGCGGCGACAAUGGUGCAGGGACGCCAGGGCCAGCGCGUCAGGCUCUACGUGCGGGGCACCAUCCUGGGCUACAAGAGGUCCAAGUCGAACCAGUACGAGAGCACGUCGCUGCUCCAGGUGGAGGGGGUGAGCACCAAGGAGGACGUGUCGUACUACGCCGGCAAGCGCAUCGCCUACGUCUACAAGGCCAAGACCAAGAGCAGCGGCACCACCGUCCGCUGCAUCUGGGGCAAGGUCACGCGCCCCCACUGCAACUCCGCCGUCGUGCGCGCGCAGUUCCGGUCCAACCUCCCCGCCACCUCCAUGGGCAAGAAGGUCCGCGUCUUCAUGUACCCCAGCAGCACCUAAAGGGCGCGUAGCACAGUUGUGCGUGAGGCGCGCAAGGGGCCGGGCAGGACGGUGCUGCGCCGAUGGCCUCUGGCGAGGCAUAGGUGUGUUGGGUGGAGCUGCAUGGUUUUGCGCCGUGCUGGGCGAGUUGGGAGCAUCUGGCGAGGCGCGAGCGGCACAAGGGGUCCGACAGUGACACUGUGCGGGUGCACAAGGGACUGGGAUCUAUCGUCUGGAGGUCGUGCAGUGGCACGGGGAGGUGCUGCUGUUGGUGCGGCAUGGUGGAGCAGUCUUGUGGUGAUGGAGCACGGCUGCAUCUUUGUCCGUCGAAUCUGCUGUCUCUGUCCUCCGGUGGGCACGCGUAUGGAGCUUGGACGUGGCUGGAAACCGAGGUGGUUCUUGCCCUCGGGUUGCACACCUCUGGUCACUCGCCGGCAUGGUUCUCGGCAAGGCAUGGUGGUUUGUGCUGUGUCCGAUGGCCCGGCUUCCGGUUGACGGUUGACAGAUUUAACGGCUGGCGCUGCAUGUGGCCGCCCAUUGGCCUCCGCAAGGUGUGGUUGGUCUCUUCGGCGGCGGGCUUCUUUGACUUCGGUGGAGUUGUUGAUGGCGGUGCGGGUAGGAUGUUUGGAAGCUUUGGUGAAGACCCUGUAUGUCUUGGCCUUCGGUAGGUGACCGGUGAUUGCGGUGGCUGUGGUCGUUGUAGACCUUGGAGGCAUGCAGCAUUGCUGUUGCACCCCUCCCGCAUAGAUUCGGCUCCGGGGGAAACCCUAGAUCCUUUGUGAUCAGACGUUGGUGUUGUUUCCCCUCUCGACGGCUUCUCCGUGGAGUUGGGCAUUAGCAGGAGGGACCAGUGCUGUUGUCGUCGAGGCUUCUGUGGGAAUGGUGUCGCAGGGAGCGAUGUAGGAGACACGACAUUGGUUGAGGUAGUCGGCUCUUUCUUCGAUGUGUUCGUGGAAUGGCCUAGGCUGGUUUGUUGCUGUGAAGUCGGCGGCGUACGAUGACGAGCAGUAGGUGUCCGUUCGGUGAUCUUCCACGACGCCAGCCUUGCGUGACUUUUCUUCGUAGCUCUCGGUCAGCGUCAGAGCUAUGAUGUCUUGUCGUGGUGGCUGAGGUCCGGUGCGGAUCUGCAUGUGACUUCGCAGGUCCAGUGUGGGUUGGUUCCAUGAUCGUCUAUGGUGAAGUCGGAGUUGUUUCUUAGAGUUUGCGAUGGCGAUGAUGCCUCUAGGAGAGAAGUGACGAUGAUGGUGUCGUUGUGCUGUCUUGAUGAGACCCUCUUUGAAGUGGCACGUGUGGGUGCCGCUUAGCGGUUUGUGAUGGUUUUCGUCUGGUGUUUCAUUAACUAACUGAGCAACUCUCUUGUGCUUAAUUAAUGGACGAGACAAUUUUUUU